CUGCGAAGACACUCGCCCCGAAUCCCUUCUCUCGCUUGCUCUCUCUCUCUCUCUCUCUCUGUAAUCUCAAUGCCGCAGUCCGAUAUGUGAAACCAGAAAAAAAAAGAUGGCGUUUUGGAGUAGAAUCGGGCAGUCGAAGCUGCGGCAAUUGUCCUACCAGUCCAAGACUAUCCCUUACGCCUCUUUGAUCAACCCGACUGCUACACAUUCGAAAGCAUGCGUCUCAGAAAUCCCACAUUUGAUCCCUCACGGUAGACCAACGGAUUUCGGCAGUAAAGUCAGGUUCUUUGCUGCUCCCGUCCAGUUUCAAACAAAUACAAAGAAGGUAGAGCAGAGCACGAGCGGUCCGCGAUUGAAUGAGAAGAUUACUGCUGAGUUCGUUAGGCUUGUGUUGGAUGAAGAGCAUUUUAUUGUCUCAAGGCGUGAAGCUCUGGAACGGGCAAGGACACUCGACCUUGAUUUAGUUGAGGUUGAAGCCAGGGCUGAUCCUCCUGUUUGUAAAAUCAUGGAUUUCCACAAAGAGAAGUACAAAAAGGAAUUAAGGGAGAAAAAGAAGCUUAAAAUUAAGUCUGACAAGACUUUGCGAGCAGAUUCUAAGGAAGUGAAGUUUUCUCCAAAAACUGAAGCCAAGGACCUAAAGAUGAAAGCUGAUAUGGUGAAGAGAUUUAUGGAGAAAGGUUACCGGGUGAAGUGUACUGCCUCGGAUGCUGAGGAUAAGGACUUAGGAGAAUUGUUUUCUCGUCUCACUGUGUUGAUAGAAGAUGUAGCUCUCAUCGAAUGUGAGCCAACGCUAGGAAAAGGAAAAGAGGCAUUUAUAAUUGUCAGGCAUGUGAAGUUUGGCCCAUCAAAGAAGGGCGGUGCAAAAAAAACUGUUGAAAAAACUAGCCCUGAGGCUCAAAAGAAGGGUAGUGAGGAUGCAAGUGGCGUUACCUCACUGGUUCAUAAUCCGACUGUGCCACAAAGAGCCUCCUCUCAGUCAGAUAUUAGUGAUCCAGACAAGUUGCAUGUCACACCUACAAGAGCGUGCACAGCUCCACUGCCCUCGCGAGAAUCCUUUUAUGGGACUCAAAAUAGGCACGGAAAUAAUGAGUCGAGGAAUCCUUAUUUGCCAACAAGAGGAAUGGAUAAUAGGGGGGCGGGAAUGAGAGAACCCCACACUUCAUAUCAAAGAACAGGAACACCAACUGACUUGCCCUUCUCACCAACAAGAGGAAUGGAUAAUAGGGGACUGGGAAUGAGAGAGCCCCAUACUCCAUAUCAAAGAACAGGAACCCCGACGCCACCCUUCUCACCAGUGGGAGAACCCAGGCAAGCUCAGACGAAUGCACCUGUAUUUAGAAACUCGAAUCCUCCUCCUAAUGAUAUCCCCAAGCAAGAACCCUCAAGUCCUAGCGCUCCCCGUACUCCAGGAAUUGGUUUCGGGAUAUUUAGCAAUCCGAAACGUGAUGCUCCUGCUAGACAAGGUGUAUCAGAAAGGAUCCCAUCAGAUUCAAACUCGCCUGGUUCAAGACCUGAUAGCAGCCAAAGACCAGGCACCAGCACAAGCACGGAUAAGGUUGGACAACGAGGAUUCGGGAUCUUCAGUAGAGAGCUCAAGUGAGAGCCCAAACCGGAUACCUAAGACAAACUAGGAUGCAGGCAUAAUAUUUAAAUGUGAUGAAGUGAUGAUUAUUUCAGGAAUAUAUUAUUACUGAAUGGUGGUAAAAAUAAUUAGUCAUUGUAUGAACCCAUUAUUUUGAGAUGACCAGAGAAUUGUCUUCCCCUUCUAAAUUCAGUUUUGUCAAGCACUUGCACA